AUGUUUCGUAAUACAAGAUCUUUAAGUGGGGCAUUUUCCACAAUUGUUAAUUUCACGGUUGCUGAUUUUCUUGGUCGAUCUAAAAAAUUAUCAAUUUUAAAUAAAAUCAAAUGUCAACAACAAGAUAAUGAAUAUGACAAACGUUUGUUUUUUCCUACACACCAUAAACAUAAAAAUGAUAACAGUUUAGUAGCACAAGAAAAAUUAGAUGAUGUUUAUAGUUUAGAUGUAGAACAAAUUGUUUUUAAUUCUUAUAAAAUGGCGCUUAAUCUUAUUGAACCGUUAAAUAUAAUAUCAGUAUUAAAAGAAUAUCAUCUUCUCAAUUUAUACUCUUUAAGUAAAUAUACUUUUAAUUACUUAAAUACACGAUCAACAAUAAAAGCUAAAACUAGUUCAAAUUCAGAAUUAUCAAUUGAUUACUACGAGAACGAUGAAGAUGAGGAAGAUGAUGACGAUUAUUUAGAUAAUAAUGAAAUCAUUAGUAACAGUAACGAGGACAGUGAAAGUCUUAAUGAAUCAUUCGAUGAUGAUGAAGAAAAUUUGGAGACAAUGAAAAAUGAUUUUAAUGGUAUAAACAUUCGAGAUAAAAUAAAUAUGGAGCAGGAAAAUUGUUAUUUCAAAAUAAAAAUUAAUGGAGUAGUGAAGUAUAUGCAUAAGCAAACUGCUUGCUGGAUUUUGACGGAAGAAAAUGGAAGAGUUUCAACAGACCGUUUAUCUCGUGUAAUACAGAUGAACAAAAAGUAA